CGGGGCAGUACACAACUUUGUCAUCGCAGCAUUUUGGUUCCACCUCUUCAUACUCCUCGACAUUGUCCCAGUCGUUUAUAAGCUUACCGUUGCUUUUGGAAAAUCAGUAUUUCUGUUUGUCGUUGUGGGUAUUGGAUGAAUAUUUUCAACGCACAGGAGUAGGACUAUGAUAUUAUGUCGCAGUCUGUGAGUGCGUAAAGGAUUCGUGAUGAUUUCUGUUUUAACCAUGGAACAAAGAAGGUACGAGGGAAGAGGGGCGCGAGGACAUUUACUCUGCUGCUUGGUUGCUGUCUUUUUGUGGAGCGUGGCCGCAGCGCAAAUACGAUAUUCAGUCUCUGAAGAAGUUAACGAAGGAACUGUGGUUGGAAAUAUAGCAAAAGACCUGGGAUUAGAUAAGAGUUCAUUGAAAGGCAGGAAGUAUCGGAUUGUUUCUAGUAAUACAGAUCCUCUUUUCUACGUGAAUCAAAACGACGGUAUCCUUUACGUGAGCCGGAAAAUCGACAGAGAAGAGGUGUGUGCGCAGAGCAGUACGUGUUUGAUAAAUCUGAAAACUGUGCUAGAAAACCCCCUGGAGGUCCAUUAUAUUGAAGUGGAAGUUCUGGAUAUAAAUGAUCAUUCUCCCAGUUUCCCCGAGAAACAGAUAAUAUUGGAGAUUUCAGAGUCCGUUUUGCCCGGAGUCCGUAUUCCGCUUAAAGCAUCAAGCGAUCCAGACGGAGGCCCUUUCUCUGUUCAGCGAUAUAAACUCAGCCCUAAUGAUCACUUCCAUUUGGAAGUUAAAGAUAAGGGAGAAGACGGUAAAAUACCAAUAUUAAUUGUGCAAAAGUCUUUGGAUAGGGAGGCAGCGAGAAGCCACUCAUUAGUGCUGACGGCACUUGAUGGGGGGAAACCUCCGAAAACUGGCAAUGUGAAUAUUCUAGUAAAUGUUUUGGAUAUCAAUGAUAACGCGCCUGUUUUCUCUCAAGAUGUUUAUUCUGUGAUGCUUGAUGAAAACGCUCCAGUAGGCACAGCAGUCGCACAAGUGAAUGCGACUGAUUUAGAUGAUGGCCCAAACGGAGAAGUGGUUUAUUCAUUCAGCAACAGUGUCAGUCACAGAUUACUUAAAACGUUUGAUAUUAAUCCAUCUACAGGUGAGAUAACUGUUAAAGGCUUAAUAAAUUAUGAAGAGAAGGACAGGUAUGAAAUUGAAAUUCAAGCAUCAGAUAAAGGUCUGGCUCCACUAGUGACACAAAAAAGCGUCAUAAUUAAGAUAGUUGACGUGAAUGAUAAUGCACCUGAGAUUGAAGUCACGUCAUUUUCAAGCUCAAUCCCUGAAGAUUCCAGACCAGGAACUACAGUUGCUCUUAUCAGUGUAAAUGACCUGGACUCUGGUCUCAAUGGAAAAGUUUUUUGUUCCAUAAGUGAUGAUGUUCCGUUCACUUUAUCACCAUCACUGAAAGACAAAAUGUAUUCAUUAGUGACCAAAUCGCCUCUGGACAGAGAGAAACAGUCACACUAUGACCUGACAAUAACUGCAAAAGAUGCUGGUCAACCUCCAUUAUCAUCUGAAAAGACAAUAAGCGUCGUGGUGUCAGAUGUGAAUGACAACAGUCCUGAGUUUUCACUCAGUCCUUAUACUUUCUAUGUGGCUGAAGCUAAUGAGCCAGGUACCUCUGUGUUUUCUGUUAAAGCUUUUGAUCGGGAUGAGGACGACAAUGCACUUAUUACAUAUCAUAUUCUCAGAGAUGGAAGUGAAGGAAAUAAAUUGUCUUCAUUUUUAAACAUUAAUAGUGAAAAUGGAGUCAUCACUGCACUGAAAAGUUUUGACUUUGAAACAGUGAAAACGUUCCAGUUCCAAGUUGUGGCCACAGAUUCUGGAACUCCGUCACUAAGCAGCAACGUCACAGUGAACGUGUUCAUUCUGGAUCAGAACGACAACGCUCCAGUCAUCCUGUAUCCAGUCAGCUCAAACGGUUCUGCUGAAGGUGUGGAGGAGAUUCCCCGCAAUGUGAACGCAGCACACUUGGUGACUAAAGUCAGAGCCUAUGACGCUGAUAUAGGAUAUAACGGCUGGUUACUGUUUUCACUGCAGGAAGUGACUGAGCACAGUCUCUUUGCUUUGGACCGCUAUACAGGACAGAUCAGAACACUUCGCUCAUUCACAGAGACAGACGAGGCUGAGCAGAAACUGGUCAUACUGGUCAAAGACAAUGGAAACGUUUCCCUCUCUGCAACAGCUACUGUCAUUGUCAAAGUUGUGGAGCCCAAAGAGGCUUUUGCUGCUUCUGAUGUUAAAAGUGCAACAAACGAUGAUGAGGAGAGUAAUGUCACUUUUUAUCUCAUGAUAACUUUGGCCUCAGUUUCAGCACUUUUUCUCAUCAGCAUCAUCGUGCUCAUUGCAAUGCAGUGCUCUAAAUCCACAGACUACACUUCCAAAUAUCUACAAGAGACUAAUUAUGACGGGACACUGUGUCACAGCAUCCAGUACAGAUCUGGAGAGAAACGCUACAUGUUAGUGGGACCCAGAAUGAGUAUAGGAUCUACUAUAGUCCCGGGCAGCCAUGCCAACACACUGGUGCUCCCCGACAGGAGGAGGACAUCUACUGAGGUAGGCAUGUUAAAACACACUUUGAUAUAUAACAACCACUAUCUUUAAAUGUGUCAUACUAGUUUUAUGUCAGAUAAGGUUAGAAUUGUUUUGAUUUUGCAAUGUCACUCUACCCUUUUAAGUCUGUGUCCUAUCUUAUGUAGAGAGUGUGUAUUGAAGUUGUUGGAAGCUUUUGCCUUUCAGGGGAACUUUGUUGACAAUAGAAAAAGCUUGUGGUCAUGCAGGAACUGCAUACUGAAUACAACUCAAUAAUUCAGGUACACAUAGCAAGCACAUUUUGAGCAGGAGGGAAGUUUAGUGACAAUUGUGACUUGUUUGUUGGCUGGGCUGUUUUGUUUGUUUGCUCCUUAACACACUAAGAAUGAACAAAGCUUUGAAGAGGCUGUUGUAUUGUGUUUUCAAUUAUUAGCAAUGAACUAGUUGACAGUUAUUUCCUUUAAUAUUGCAGUUCAGAUCCUUUUUGUUGUUGUUAUUAAAAACAAGUAUCUUUUAGAGGUAAAUCUGGAUAUGACACUGAAAGUGAAGUAAUAUUUUACUAGUCACCGUGUUAACAACUUACAUUACCACAAGGUUCUAUUUUGCCGAUAAUGGGGUAGAAGUUUGAUCCCAAAACUUGUAAAACCCAUGAAAACAUUAUUAAAGUUAAAACAAUGUAAGAGCUUAGUAUUAAUAAUGGCUGAAAUUUCGGCAUGGAAGUUUGAAAUGUAUGCAACAGUAUAACAUGUAGCCAAAGACAAUGAAUUACCAAGGUGAAGGGGGGCAAUUUAAAUAUGUAGUAUGGCAAAAAUAUUGGAAAAAAAAAUAGAAUAAUAAUUUGAUUAAUGUAUGACAUCUUGCUUAUUAAAGCUAUACCAGUGACACGAUGAUGUUGACAUUAUGUGGGUAAUAACCUGUCUUGAAAAAAAGAUGCAAGACGUAUUUUCUUUGUUUUCUUUGUCUUUUAUGAUUUUUUAUGCUAUGAAAUACUUCAAACUUUUUUUUAAAUGUACUUUUAUUCUAUGAACGAUAUUUAGAAAAAAAAGAAAAAAGGCAUACACUUGUACCGAGCUCAGUUAUUGUUUGCUCGUGGAAUUACGUCAGAGGAGUCAUUUUUUCCAAAUAAAAGGAGCAGAAUAACGAUAGAUAUACACACAACACAAGAAGUAAAGUCUGGCCUAUUGACUCGUAUAGGGUGUCAUCGAAAAAUAAACCAUGGUUUAUGGUCCAUUGCUGUUAAAUAACAUCAGAAAUGCUAUUAAAAUAUUUUCACCAGUAAAAGAUACACACAACUGCAGUCGCUGUUCGCUGUCCAUGGUGCUGAAAUGUUUGAUAUUGUUACCCCCACAGUUGUUGAAUAGCUAUAGCUAUUCUCCCCCCACCCCUCCUCGACAUUUAUCUGAGUGAGGACAUUAAAACAAACUUAUAUGAAAAACAAAUGGUCGCC